AAUCCUUUAAUUAAUUAUUUGCGUUGUACGCCAUUGUUGAUGUUUAUGAUUUUCACGUCUCUUUUAGCUUUGACUGCAUAUCUCACGACACCCAGUUUUUGGCCCAUAGUCAAUCAUCUUCCCCACUCUUCUCCUGUCAAACUCCUAUUACAGAUCUGCAGUAAUAGGUAAUGAUCAGUGAAAUCGUUGGUGGGUUAGAUUUGAGAGGGAGAUUCCUUUCUCCAAUUCCAUUGUUGUUGAUUAAUUAUAGCCAUUUUCGUUAUACAUCCCAAUAAUUGUCUGUUUGUUUUGGGGAUGGACUGAUUGCUUGCCAUGGAAAUGGAUCGAGAAUCGGGGAAAUUGGAGCAAAUUGUUUCCCAAUUUCGUUCCAAGAUCUUGCACGUUAUUUUGGACUCUAGGGUCCCUUCUCUUCACCACCACCACCACCAGCAACAGCAAGAAUCGCUUUCUCAUUCUCGGGUGAGAAAGACUGACAAAUGGUUCAAUUUAGUAUUAGGAGACCGUCCCCCAGCUCUGGAGAAUCUCAAUUUCUCCCUUAGGAAUCUCUUUGAUCCUAUGGUAAUAGACAUAAUAUUGGUUCACCGUGGUUCUUGUUCCUCAUCGGUGGACAAUCUUUAUAGUCCUUCAGCUCCAGCUGCGGGACCUGCUGAUGAGACUGUUAUCGAAAGAUGGGUUGUUCAAUAUGAUUGCCCACGGUUUAUUGCUACUCCAAGCGGUGCUGAUGCUUCUGUUUCUUAUAAGAAGAUUUACAAGAAGUCAAUCAUACUUUUGAGAUCACUUUACACACAAAUGAGGCUUCUCCCUGCAUACAGAAUCUUUAAGCAGCUAAGUUCGUUGAGCCAAACAUAUAAUUUCGAUCUUGUUUACAAGGUUUCAUCAUUUAGUCAUCCCUUCUCUCGGGAAGAGGAGAGUGGAAUGAAAGAAUAUAUUUUUGCACCUGUUGAGGCUCUUUCAGGUUGCCUUUCUGUGUCGGUGACCUACCGUGCAACUCUAUCUGAUUUCAACCUUGAGCCUUUGGUAUCUUUGCCACCGAAAAUUAUAACAGACUAUGUUGGCAGCCCUACGACGGACCCUAUGAGAUCCUUUCCUUCAUCAGAUAAGGGUGCUCAUGCUACAUCCUUUCCUUUAAGAGGAGCACGACCUCCAUCUUCGUCUCCAUUUCAACGUCCGCACAGCUGGUCUAGUGGUUUUCACAGAGGAUUCCCUUCUACAAAAACUCAAUCUCUUGCAGGAUCUCCACCUGUUUAUCGUACAUCUCCCAAGCCGUAUGAUAUUGCAUCUCCACCUACUGAUUUAUAUGGUAAUAGAAUUCAAAAUCAAAGAGUGUCAACUCUACAACAGGUUACUGCUUAUGAUGAAUAUAAGUCAUCACCCCCGUUCUCACCAUCUGCUUCUCCAUCAACUCCAUCAUACUUAUCUGGUACUAAUCCUUUGCUUACUCGUCAUUGUUCUGAGACGGCUCCAGUAACCAUUCCACUUCCACUAACUGGCAGAAGUACUAGAUAUCUUUCUCCUAACUCUUCUGAUCCAAGUAGGCAUUCCCUUCCACCUUUGUCUCCUAGAAGCUCAAAGCACGAUGCCUCAUCUCAGGAAUCUCCUUCUGGGAUUCGGUCAUACAGGAAAAUAGAAGCUCUAAGGGCAGGAGAGUCUCCUUCUGGCUUAUCGAAUAAUUAUUCUGCACAGAAGGUGGUUAGAGAUAGUAAAGAUGACUCGGGUCGAUUCUCUGCAUUGUUGUCUUCUAGUGGAUCACCUCGUAUUGGAUUCUCUAGAAGCUCUAGUAGAUUAUCUUUCCAGGAUGACAUGGAUGAUUGUGAAUUCUCUUGCCCUUUUGAUGUUGAUGAUGUCGAUGUAUCUGAUUCAUCCAGUCAAAACACAGAGGGGAAAAAGGCUUCAGAAUUCACUGCACAGUCAAAUCUGGUUGGUAAAAAAUCACAAGAUGCUGCUGUUGGCAUUCUUGUUCACAUGCUUAGAACAGCACCGCCUCUCCGACAAGACUCGAGUUGCUAUUCGACACAUUCAUUAAGGACUGAAUAUGAGGGAGGUGUCAGUAUCGCUUCUGGAUUUUUUAUGCCGCGUAAAACGGCAGAUGCGCUCGAAGAGCUCAACAGCUACAGAGAAAUGAAGGAUCUACUACUAUCGAAGAGUGGAACUCGGGUUGUUCGGAAAGAGGAAAUGAAGUAGCUCUGGGUUGAAGAUGAUCAUAUGACUGUCAACUGUUGUUAAAUACAGCAGCAGCUAAUGCAUUUUAGCUUUAAAAUAGAACACAUUUAAAAAAAAGAAAAGAAAGGAUUAACAGUUUAUGUACAUAUUUAUAUUAGUUACUAAGAUUGAAUCAGUCACUAAAAUUUGCUAAUGCAAAGAAAAUAUCUCACAUGUAGAUACUGCUUGUAUGUUUUUGGGAGUUCCCUUGUGAAAUCAAUUCAAUAUAAAAAAUGUACCUGGGCUAACCAAAAUUCAAUUUA